AUGUCCAAUGAUGAUUUCGUUGUCCUUAUAGAACCGAACCGAAUCAAACGUCUCGCCCUUGGAGGUGGAUGUUAUCCCGUCCCGGACCCCCCAAAGGAUACCAUGAAUGAAACAGAUGCCACUUUGCAGAUAAAAUAUCAAGCUCACUUUGACCACGCUGCCAACACAAAGACUUUGUAUUCAUGUGCCGAUAUUAGAUAUAUUUCUUCCAGGAGUUUUCACCCUCGAGUCCCCUGCUUUAGCAACACAUCGGGCGACCUUAUACUCCCCAGCUCUACCGCAAGUGAAGUGCCUAGCACUCAACCAACAAUAAAGGCUGAUCUAGCUGGAAGUUUAAGAAUAGGGCUUCGACGAGGUGCAGUUGCGGGGAUUGCUACUGGGGUUCUUGUGGGUGUGAUCUUGAUUGUCCUUUCAUAUGUUGGGUAUAGGAGGUAUCAGCAGUGGAGCGGAGGCCGAAACUACCAACUGAAAGUAAGAAAUGUAAAAUGGGACGGCUCUGGAAAUAUAGAUCCAGGUAGAGCAGCCUGA